AUGGCGGACAAAAGCACUCCAUGCAGAGUUACUAGAGGCAUACCCAAUUAUCUGCACCAUUAUGAUGAUGGUCCAUCUUUUAAUUUGUGUAUCACUCAAAAUGAUGAAGAAAUUGCAGGCUAUGUUGCUAGAAUGGAUGCUGAGAGUAGUAUUAAGAGGCGCCAUGACCCGGUAAGUAUGGAAACAAUGGGAGUUGAAGGUUCAAAAUCUACCAAACGAAAAGAUGUCGUUGAUUCAUCGAUAUCUGAAGCAUCCCUACCAAGUAUUGAAAAACGGAGAAAAAUUAUCGAUGGUUCUUCAAUUAGUAAGGGAAAAAAUGUUGUUGAAGAUGUUCCUUCAAAAGCAGGGGAGAGUAAGUUUUUUCUGAAAGAUCUUCCUCCUCAUUCGGUGCACAUGAGUUGUUACACCAAUAUUGAAGUAUUUAAAGAUCUCAAGGACAAACUAACUGAUAAGCAGUACAAAAUAUUUGGGGAAACUUGCUUUGGUGUAUUCACCCGAAUGCAACACUCUGAUGUUCAAGCACAAAUGUUGAGGUGCUGCAUGGUGAGAGAACUUAUUGGAAGUACUCCUGAUGCUUUUUUGAUUGAUAUAAAUGGUAAUGAAUUGCGGUUUUCUAUAAGAGAAUUUGCAAUAAUAACUGGUUUGAAGUGUGUUGGUGAUGAAGAUGCUUUUAAAGUUAACCGCAAGGGUAAAAACAGGAUUUUGGAGACAUAUUUUGGUGGUUCUAAGAAAAUGUCCUCAAAGGCAGAUUUGAUUGAAUGCUUCACAGAUAAAAAUUGGGGCCUCAAUAAUGCUGAUGCCGUUAAGAUUGCUGUCCUCUAUUUCAUUCAUACCUAUAUCUUGUCCAAUGAGAAGAAUGCAGUAAAAAUACCAAGGCUACACUUUGAUUUGGUAGAGUCUGGAAGAUACGUGGAUUACCCAUGGGGUAAGAAAGCAUUCAAUGAGUUGAUUAAAAGUAUGACUCACAAGAUGACUUCUGAGAAAAAGUUUUAUAGGCUCCAUGGAAUGCCACUUGCUAUGCAAGUUUGGCUUUAUGAGUGUUGUUCAUUUGUUGACGCCACUCUUGCAGUCAAGACGGGCAACAACAUUCCCAGAAUGUUGAAUUGGACGACCAUUAAAAGUCAACCAAGCUUUAAGGAACUGAUGGACGACAUGUUUAAAGAAGAUAACACCCCGGAAAUGCGUAUUUUUGCCAACAUAGUCCCGACGGUCGAUCAGCUUGCUUGUCUUCAAUUGCCCCCACUUGUCAAUGGUGUACCAGAAAGUACCACUGCCCCCGUCCUUGAUGAUGAUGAUUUUGCUUCUACACCACCCCAUAACGACACACAUCAAAAGGGAGUUGUUCAAUCAGAAUCUCCACCGUCUAAGAAACGUAGGCAGAUGUCUGUUGGGACUUCGUCAUCAAAGAAAGCAGAUCUGCAACCUGAAACAAUUCCAAUUUCCAACAUUGCUCCUCGUAGGAAGACGCCUAUUGUACAAACAAGAAAGUCGUCUUCUCCAAUUGGGAAUGAACAAGUGCAUGUGAAGGAUGAGUUCAAUGAUUUGCACAAAUUGAUCAAUGACAACUUGACAACGAUUCUUCAAGCUAUUGAAGCAAUUAAAGGGAAUAGGGAUUCUGAAAAGGGUGCUGCCAGAGAAUCUACAUUUCAGCAACAUGAUAAUGGAAUACACAAUAAAUCACCGAUACAAAACGGGAGUUAUACGACUCAUUUUCCAACAGAGGGCCUAGUGGGAGAUGUUGGUGUAAACGAGGUUAAUUCUACUGGUGAUACAUUAAGGGAUUCAACACAGGAAAUUCAGGGACCAGGUGAUAUUUUGGGAGAUUAUGUCGAACCAGAGCCGUUUGGAUCACAAAUCCCUAUCAAGACAGCUGAUGUUAUCGUUGUUACUCCUGCUGCCAUACCUAUCAACGAAGGAAGCAACAUGUUAGUUCAUGAUAAUAUUGUGCAAGGUGUAUCUUCUUCUUCAUUUUGUGCCGGUACAGAUCAUUCUAAUCAAGUGACGCCGCACAAUGUCGUUGUUGAGUUUGAGGGUAUUCAUGUUGGUAAGGAACAGGAACAUGUGCCUCAGUAUGAGCUGGCGGAUGAAUUCCUUCCAACACAGAAUACUAUAACAAAAAUUGUCAUGACUUUGCGUAAAGAGAGGCGUCCUGGCCCUUUGCAAAUGUCUCCUUACAUGACAAAUUUUGGGUCAGCUUCGGGUAGUUCAGUUAAGUUGACAGAGAUAUUUGACAAAAAACACCCAUUUGAUAAUAAUUGCAUCACGGGGCGACAUGAUGCCAAGCUGUUCGGUGAAUUCUCAAAAUGGGUAAAAGAUGGGCUGCUUGUUAGGCAUGACAGCAGAAAGAACAAAGAGGACCACUACAAAAAGGGUAAGGCAAAACUGCCAACAUCCAUGGAUUGUGGUAUUAAGAAAAUCAGCGACAAAAAUUGGUUCUAUCUUUUAUCAAUGGAGGGUCAGAUGUGGAAUGACGAGUCCAAGCAGGGAGUUGAUUGGAAUUAUCACCUUGCGUACAAAGACAAAGCACUGGCUGACAAAUUUGACGUCAUGUUUGUUGACAAUUUGCCACAACAGAGGCCUGGAAGCAUGGAUUGUGGAAUGUAUGUUGCUGCAUAUGCGGAGUAUUUGAGUCAGGGAGAAGGUAUUCCACAUGGAGACCUUGAUGCAGAAUUACUUCGUACGAGAUAUGGUGCUCUUUUGUGGGAUUACGCUUGCAGGUCUAAGGAGUUUUGUUGUCAAAAUGGAAGUUGUUAG